UUUAUCAUUUUAUCUGUGGUUCGAAUUAUUAAAAAUUAAAUCAGUAUCGUUUGUUAGAAAAUUUUAUUUACAUGCUUACAUACGGUAUCACGAUGUAACCAAUAAAUCCAACACAUCCAACUUAAGCGUUUUUAUUUUACAAUGAUAAAAAUACUUGGUUGUAGGUGUUUGUGCUUGUAUUGAUUUUUUUACCGAGGUUGCCCGUGCAAGAUGUUUUGAACCAAUAAUUUAAUACCCUUUUAAGAUACUUUGUAAAAUGGAAACCAAUACCUGUAUUGAAACAAAGGAAGGUCAACAAAUCAUAAUUCAGUCUUCUAAUUACAAUGUUACCGUCAUUCCAGUUGAAUAUCCAAGAAAUAGGCUUUAUGGGUCCCAGAAUGCCCAAUAUGUUAGUGAUCAGUAUAGGGAUAAUUACUCGAAAAGAGAUAACCCUUCAUCUUCAACAAACACACUAUAUUCUGUAACACAGAGAGUGCCUCCAGUUGCCUCUAAUUUUUGUCAAGAACCGAUGAAAAACUAUGCUCCCAUACAGUGGGAGAGUGACAAUACAUUAACUGUCGAUGUUAAAAAGGAAUGUAGUUAUGAGGACAACCAAAUUCCAGAUCGCUCGUCCACUGGUCCAAGCAAAACUGUAACCGCCAAUAAUACAAGAGGCUCCCAUUCUUCAAAAUCUUCUAUAGAUUUUCAGCAAUCAUCAAAAUUUCCGGUAGCAGUUUAUCUUCACAACAAAAUUGCUUUGAUCUUAGAAAUAGAUGAUCCUCCUGCUGCCACUUGUGAUAUUAUUUCUCAAGCAAUUAUUAGCUGCGAAGAAUUAGGUCUUAACAAAGGGUUAGCCACGCAGGUAUUUUCUCUUUGGAUGGUCAGUCCUCUGUUAGAAUUACAACUGAAACCGAAUUCUAAACCUUUUGAAGUUCGUCAAAACUGGCACAGUUUGGUUGAAAGAUAUUGUUAUGUUUCUGAAGAUAAGAAGAAUGAUGAUGAACCAAAACUGAUGUUUCAAAGAAAUGUGUUCUAUUCAAAGAGUUUAGAGGAAAAAAUAAAGGAUCAAAAAAUUUUGGAGUUACUUUAUGAAGAAGCCAAAUACAAUAUAUUAAAUGGAAGAUACCCUUGCGAAAUACCACACUAUGUCAUGCUUGGGGGCAUACAGGCUAGGGAAGAAUUGGGCCCCUACAAUCCACAGGUACACUCAACGCAUUAUUUUAGAGAAGAACAGGUUCGAUUUCUACCAGCACACGUGAGGAAGAGUUCUACGUGGGCAUGGCUGCCUAUCAGUAGCAAGAAUUCGGCCGAGGUCAGGCUGUUGGAGCAAUUCAAAAGAAUACCCAGUACGGCCACCAAUAGAAAACUGAUUAAAAAAUAUCUGGAGUUCUGCUGGUCUCUGCCCUUUUACGGAGCCGCGUUUUUCGUUGGACAAAUUGAAGAACCAGUUACGGGACUUGCAUCGUUCCUAAUUCAUCAGGAUAUUCCGGUGUUGAUCGUCGUCAAUAGCAGAGGGAUUUACAUAAUUGACGAUUUGGAAUGUGAAAUAUUGUUGGGUUUGAGGUAUGAAGAAUUCAGUUGGGAGUACGCCCGACCGACGAGAGAAGACAAUCCCGACUGUUUACCGUGUCUGUUUAUACAGUUUUUGGUAUCGGAGAAUGGUACAAGAGUGUCAAAAAUACUGCAGGUGUUUUCGAAACAGGCGAGCCUAAUAGAUACUUUAAUAGGGGCUUUCGUGUCACAAAUCAACCGGAACACUUCGCGAUCUAACGACGAUAUCGAUAAAACUUUGGAUAAUUUGGGCGUCAACGAAAAUGAUUCUUCGGCUGUGGGAAGCAAUAACUGUCCGAUGGAGUACACGGUGAUGUGCAACAAACUCGGCAAGCUAUCUCUGGCAACAUUUGAUGAAGAUGGGCACUGCAUCGGUCAAAUGGGAUCCUGGUCAUUUAGUUAAAAAAAUACCGAAAAUGUAAACUCCCAAUGUAUCCACAACUUGUGAUGAAAAGCGACGAAAUCAAUGUUGUAGAUUAGCAAUAUGCAAAGCUAUAUGUAUUGCUGUGUUUUUAUUCAAUCAAGUAGAACGUACUACAUACCAUUCAACAAAUUUUUAACAGCUCUAUAUAUCGUGUACCGUGAUGGUCAUUCAUUCGUUUAAAUAAAAAGGCGUUCAUCUUUCUAAUGUGACAAGGUGCCUUCUGUAUUACGUGUUUGCUUAGUCUUUGACAAGUGACUUUUUUAAACUGAAGAGCUGUUUUUGGAUAUUGCUAAUACAAAAACGGAUAACAAACAAGCUACAAACUUGUAUAGUUUGCGAAGAACUUAUUUGUCAAAAGCUAUUUACAAUCAAAAUAUACAUCAACAACCGUCCCUUUCAAUUGAAAAAAAAGGCCAUUCAAUUUGUUCAUGCGCAGUCAUUUCAAAUCUAAUUUCAAACGGCGUUAAACAACUAACAUGGCGGCUGACAGUUCGUCCAUUCACGCUGAGUUCUAGGUCUGAAUGUGGCAUUUUUACCGCAUCCUCAGAAAUUUUCGGAUGGCGUAUGGCCCUCUCGUAUAGCUAUGAGAUAAUAUAAUAGCCCUACUACUUGAUAUUCUCGUAGCGCAGGUAAUGAUUUUCCGCUCAUACCUUUAUGUUUCACACACUAACCUGCACUUUGCUCCAUUUUCUUUCUGAACAGCAAUUUUCACCACAUUCUAGGUCAUUGGUUAAAAAUAAUAUUGUAAAACUCGAGUAUGCGCUGUUCAAUGGACCUUCUCAAAAUUUUUUUCAUAAUUGCUUCAUAAGUUUCUGUACUAUAGGAGUAGGUAGGGCCUCUAUAUCUUCGGUGGCUACUAUUUAGACGGGUAGUGAUGACGUCAUGGUAUUAUUUGGGUCUGUGAACUAUUAGACACAUCAUUUGGGACGGUUAAAGUUGGCGAUUUGUUUACAUAAAUUUUGUGUCUUUGUGACUAUUUAGAAGAAAUUAAAUAUAAUAAUAAUAAGUCAUAAUUUAGUUUAAAUCGCAUCAAGAAAAUGAUCCAGAUAUCGUUUUUUCUAAAUGACUAAUUCGCUAUUAAAUUAUUCGGAGAGAUUACAGAUAAUUUUGGAAAUUUUGACAUUUGUAGCAGAGCUGCAAUAGUUCACGUUCCUGAAUCAGUCGCUUCUGUAGCUAAAAAUUAUCUUAAAAUAUCAGUCCUUAUAGACCUAAGUAUUCUCCAAUGAGAUAUUAAAGUUUAAAAUAUAUUUCAUUUAUAUUCCCCAAUAAUGAAAAUAAAAGAAAAUCACAUAAUUUUAAAAUGAUUUCUUACAAAUUGAAACUCCACCUAUGCGCUGAAAAAGUUUCUCAAAAGCGAAAAGGGCAUUUACUCUAGGCAGAAAGUAGUUUAAAUAUAUGGUCAUCAUAUUGUAAACCCCCAUGGGUCCACGGAAAACUUUACGGAGGUCUACAUUGCCAUGAUAAAAAAUAAAUAUGGUAGAAAUGUAGCUGCUAUAGAGGGUCCACCGAAAAUAUCUAUGAGAAAAAUAAGUUCAGGAACCACUGAUUUACACCAUCUAUCUCGUCGUUAUAUCAGCCACGAUGGAGUUUUAACUUGUACCUUUUGGUAGGACCAAUUAUACCGGAAAUAAAAUGAAACACAUAGGCUAACGUGCUCGGGAAUUAAUAAAAGCAACAGAGAUUAAAGUAACCAAAUUAAAACAUUAAUAACGAACGCACUUUAACUGUUGUUAUUAAAUAUCUAGCCGAUGUCAAACGUCUGAAAAUUCUGUCAUAUACGAUUGUAGUGGAAUGUGAAUUUCUAUCACGCAACGUUUUCGCAAUGAAACGUUAAUAAGGAUAGUUUAAUGCGUUACGGAAAAACAGAGCCCACCCCCGGACGCAAAGUCCUGGUUUUCGUUUUCGUCUAUUUUGUAUUAGAUGUCAUCAUAUUUAAUUUCUUACCAUACUAUUUUAAAAAAAUUGUACCCGUUAACUGGUGAUCAUUUUUUAUUUUCAAUGGGGCAGCCAUGGCUGUCAGAUUAACGCUAACUUGCGAAAAAAUCCCUAAUGUAUCAAAAAUAACGCUAAGAAACAGCUUUCGCUUUAAAUGAAGACUGUCGCAACUGUCAAGUUCGGGAACGCGAUUAAACACACAACCCAAUUUAUUGUUUAUUAUUUACUAUUAAAAUAUACGGGUAUAAAUAUCGACAAACGCACAAUCGCCCAAUCAACCACUCGCCAACAGCCACAUCUUGUCCCAACAAGCACCCUCUUAGUACUUUGUUUUGUUACUCUUUGGUUCACUCUUGGGGCGCCGUACAAAUAAAUCUUCAAUAAGGCGU